AAUGCGCGCGAGUUUUCAAAGUGGGCGAGUCUCUUAAAGAGGAUGUCCGACCAGCUUGCCGGAGUUAGCCAACAGCUAGCUUUGUAAAGUUACCUCACAAAGGUACCGCUCUGCCAGAUUACACACAAACUCGUGCUACACUUUCUUAUCGGUUUACGAAUCCACACAUGUGAUCAAAUAUAUUUAGCGUAUGUUUUCAAGGCAUGUGCAGGUCUGUUUUAAGUUUUUGUCGGGCUCGUUGUUGCUAAUGCAAGCUAGUAUGAACGUUAGUUAGCCAACGUUAGCGUUGCUUUGUAACGUAAACAGUAAUGUGGCUAGCAGUUCGCUAAUAACGUCACUUAAAUAAAGGAAUAACGUCAAACAACUCACCAAAAGAGACGGCUGUCCCAUUCAUGCCAACAGGCGCUGCAUCAUGUCUAUUGAUUUUGACAGUGCUGCUCUGCAAACCCAGCAUGAUGAUGAAGAAGAAUAUGACCAGGAGGACUAUGCAAGAGAGCAAGAGCUGCACAAAUUGCUCACCGACCUGCCCGAUGACAUGCUGGAGGACAGCAGAGACUCCUCCCCUGAGCUGGAGCACUCUGCCUGCAGCAAUAAAAACACUGGCAACAGCCCACAGUCCACGUGGACUCAGCAAUGGUCAGAUCACCCAAGGCCAGCUUCUCAUGAACAGAACUGUGAAGUUGACAAUGAUCAACGCUCCCAUGACGAGUACGCUUAUGAGGAUGAAGCUGUUCAGAUCAAUGGACAUUACCCUCAAAGUCAACCUCUGCCUCACACCUGGAACCAGGAUCAUCAGUUCACCCGGGGAGAUUAUUCAUACACCAGCAUAGGCACAGAAAAAUCUACAGAGACCAAUGAUUUCUCCACAGACGAGCAGGAGUCCAAACCAUAUCCUCAAGACACUAAUAACGCUGUAGUGUAUAAUGGAGAAGGAGGACGCAGAGACGACCAAAACUACGGAGAUCAAAUCAACGGCAGAAAACAUUUUCACGUGAGUAGAAAUUUAAAAUCCGGAGCAUUGGACAGAGUGGAUCAGCACAAGGCCAGCUACAACCCUCACCAUCCUGCCCAUCUGCCAAAGAUGUUUAACUCACAGGCCGUCCACCAAGAAGGUCAAUUUGACCAUCUGCAAAGAGAAUUCCUCGACUCGGCACAGCAAACUGCUGAUAGGGAGCAGCUUGCCCAGGUGCAGAUUUUAAACAAGGCUCAGCAGAGGCAAAUUGAAGAUUUGGAGCGAAAACUGGAGGAUUCAAGACGUAAUAUGAGAUAUAUCGAGCAUCAGUUUGCAAUUGCCAAAGAUGAAAGGGAUGGCCUAGUCGUAAGCCUGAAGGAAUCGGGUCAACUGGUUGAAGAGGCCAAGGGGAGAGAGGCUCAAAUGCAAGAUAAAGUGAGGGCAAUGGAGCAGCAAGUAAAGGUCCUUACUGAGAGAGAUCAGGAGAACACGAGGAAGCAGAGAGUAGCAGAGGCUGCAGUGGACAGCAUGAAGCAGCAGAUGUUGGAGCUUUGUCGCUCUGACACUUUGUCCAAAACGCGGCAGCAGCAUGACCGAGACCUUGCCGUGAUAAAGGAGCAGCAUGAGACUGCACUGUUGACACUACAGCAGAAGCUAGACUCUAACGCUCAGGCUCUGAAUGAACAGAUUGAUGUUGAUCAGAGGUUACGGGAGCAUGUGACGCAGUUGGAGCGCCAGAGAGAAGAAGAGCAACUGGAGAGAGCGAGGGUUGUCAAUGCCCUCACUCAGCGUCUGGAGGAGAGUCAGCAACAAUGUGCCAAACUGCUCCAGACAAGUUCAGUGCAGGAAAUGAGUCAGAUACAAAUCAAACUGCAACAAGCUCAAUCAGCCAGGGCACUAAGUGAAAACAUGAACACAGUCUUACAGGAGGAUCUGGCUGAGUUGAAGGAGCAGAUCACGCUCUAUGAAUCUGCUGUGAAACACGGUGUUAUCGCAUUAGAACUGAGCAGUGACUGGGAGAACCAGCUGUCUGACUCCUGUGUGGAUUUAGGAUUAAAGAAAACAAACAGAAAAAAUGGCUUGCUUCACAGUACUGCCCUGGCUCACCUGUCAGACUCAAAGCUGCCCAAAGAUGAAGCUUUGCGGAUGCUGCGAACAGAGAUGCAGCGCUGCCUGGGGAGUCUGAAGGGGAAGCGGCAGAAGAUCAGUCAGCUGCAGGAGGAGCUCACGCUCUGCCAGGGUCAAGUGAACGAGCUGCAGACCCAGUUAGAUGAAGCCAACCUCUGCUCUUUGGUCAGAGAGACGAGUCAGAUGAAACAUCCGGACAUAACUGGAGAGUCUCAGAAAGAGUUUGAAACCCUACGGGAAGACAAACGACACUUGCAGGAACAAGUUGAGGUGUUAGAAAAUAAGUAUAAGGAGCUGAAACAGAGUGAGGAGAAGGUGAGGUCUGCCAACCUGGAGCUUUGCACCAAGAUGAGAGAGAUGAUCAAGGAACUGGACCAAGAGAAGCAAGAGGCUGCUGAAAGAGAUGAGCGCAUUCAUCAGCAAUAUAGGGACGACGUGGUGGACCGGGUCAGAACCGAGCUAAUGCUGGAACAUGACACUCAGAUUGAACAGCUGACUGCACAUCACGAGCAGCAAGUCCAACAGUUGCAGACUCUUUUGUCUGAGGCCAAUGAUAAGAUGUUGGCCGUACAAGAGUGUUACAUAUCCGUCUGCAAGGAGAAGGACAUGCUAGAAAGGGAGGAGGCUUUGAUCAGAGAAACUGAGCUAAAGAUGAGAGAAGAGAGUGGCACAGUUGUGGAGAAGCUGAGGGCUGAGCUUGAGGCUCAACAUCAGGCCUCAAUAAACCAGCUCAAAGCUCUCUGGUCCAAAGAGAAGGAGACUGAGAUCCAGCAGCAGGUGGACUCUCACAAAGCCUUGGCCAUGGCUGCUUGGAAGGAGGAACUGCAAAAGAUGGAGAAGACCUGGGUCCAGAAGCUGGAGGAGGCUAGGAGAGAGAAACGCAAAGAGACUGUUGAGGCAACCUGUCAGGCAGAUGAGAUUGAGGUCAGCAGUGUGAGGAGUGAGGAGCUGGACUCCAGGCUCAGUGCCCAGAAACAGCAGCUGCAACUGGAGGCUGACAAAGUCAAACACAAAGCUGUGGAGGAGGCCAGGAAACAAGCCCAGAGAGAGCUACAUGAGAAACAUCUGGAUGAUAUGGCCAAACGGGUGGAAGGUGCAGUAACCAGGGCCUACAAUCGCUGGAUUGAGGAUUUGACUUCAUUACCAGAAUACCGAGCCUCUCUCCAAACAGAGAGGGAGAAAUGGGAAGAACUGCAAGAACAACGCACAGGACAACGGGUAGCCCAGGCAGAGCAGCAGUGGAACAAGAAGCACAAGAACCAGCUGGCGGAGCAGAGCUCAGGAACGACGAGGAUGGAGGAGCUCCAAGAGGAGGUGGAAGCUCUCCAGUGUCAGCUGGAGCAAGGGAGGAGAGAGCAAGCUGCCCUGCUGAAGGCUGAGCUGUCCGCAGCUCGAGCAGCCUGGAACCGAGACAAACAACAGGAGAUCUCUGUCAUCCAGGUCCGCAGUGAGCAAGUAAGCAUGCUUCAAGAGCAGCGCAAACAUCUAGAGCAGGCUUUGCAGCAAGCCAGAGAGGACGACGAGCUCCAUAAAAAGGAGCUGCUCCAGCAGAUGGAGGCCAAGCUACAGCAGACUCUGAGGGCCCGAGAGGAGGAGUGGAGAAGUCAGUAUGCAGAAAAGGAGCAGGCCCAGAUAAAGCAGCUGAGCGAUGAAUUACUAGCAGAGCUUCAGACUGGGCUGGCAGAUGUCCAGGCACAACUUCUCAGGGAUCCCAAAACAGAUCAGCAGCGCACUGAAGACACCAGGAGGAGCAGCGGGGCCACAUCAGAGCGCACAAUAACGCACGUCAUCCAAUCAUCCUGCAAAGACCUAGUCAACAGAGCAGUAUCUCAAGCCAAGAAGGAAUGGAAGAAAAUGAGUGAGCAGAGACUGAGCCGUGUGUUAAAAGAAACACAGGAGCAGCAUGAGAAAGAAAUCGACAAAAUGCAAAGCUCUCUGUCCCAGGGGAGGGAGCCGGCUCGCUGCAGGAAAGAGUGCGCUGAGACUUUAGGUAAGCUGCAGAAGAAGAACCAGGAGCUCCAGAGACAUUUAGAGAAAACCUGUCGUCAACUCCAGCACAGCGCUCGAGAGCACAAAACUGGCACGCAGCAUCUGAAAGAUGAGCAUGAAAGCAUUUUACAAAAGGCAAAGGAGGGACAUCUGCAGCAGCUUGAGGAGGUGAAGAGGACCAAAGAAUCCUCAGGGAAUUCUGAUCCCCAACAAAAUGCUCAGCAAGGCCUCGAGGAGAUGAAGCAGCAAUACGUGACUACUGUAGAAAAGAUCAGAGGAGACAUGCUGCGUUACAUCCAGGAGAGUCGGGAGCGAGCAGCAGAGAUGAUCCGCAUUGAGGUGCAGAGGGAGAGACAGGACACUGCCAGAAAGAUGCGGCGCUAUUAUCUGACCUGUCUGCAGGAGUUAUUGGAGGACGGAGGAAAGACUACAGGGGCUGAAAAGAAAAUAAUGAAUGCUGCAAGCAAGCUGGCAGCCAUGGCUAAAGUGCUGGAGACUCCUAUCAAAAGUAAAUCUGGAAAGAACUACAGUUUACAAAGUAGAAAUGCAGGUUUCAGUAAGAACUUGUCGACACUAACUGAGCUCCCUGACAUCAGGCCAGAGCAGAGAUCCCAUAGGGAAGAGACUUGUGCUGAUUCAGAGCACAGACAAGCCGCUGCAGCGAGGACUAAACCUUUGAGUCACCAGGACCUUUCUGCCACUGGGAAGGAGGAGGCCUCGGUAGAUGUAGGGCUGAAACCCCAAACUGCUGCUCACACACACCUCCGCUCUUACAAACCUUCACAUCAGAUGGCUUCUACAUGCCAGGUGGAUUUUGUGAAUGUGUCUGUGAGGAGUAAAAGCAGGGAGCUGUACCUGCAGGGAGUUGACUCCAGCAAAGCAGACAACCGUCUUGACUCGGAGCGACAGAGCAAACUGUUCCUCGUCCAGGAGGCUCCUGUCAGAGAGGAGAGGAGGACCAGUAGUGACUCGGACACAGGCUUCCAGGUUUCCACACUCUCUUAUUCAGGGAGGAAAGUAGAGCCAGUGAAGCCCUUUUCUGUCUCCGCUGCAUCAGCCAGUCACUUGGGAGAGUUUGGCGGCCUCACCCCAGAUGUUUCUGACCUGACUGUCUAUAAUGAAAUGACCAGAAAGACACCUUACACCCAGACCUUGAACGAUCAGCAUGCAAAGAUAAACACACACAGGGAGCCCACGCCCGGCUCUGAGGGUGAGCAACAGCAUGGAGUUUGUUCCAGGCCUCUGUUCUCCGAGUUGAGACAACGCCAGCAGGACAGCGGCUUCGACAGUCCAUUCUACCAACAAAAAUGACAAAGUGAAGGGCAGGUAGGGAGGUGGGCUUAAAACAAGUUGACAAUUUCAGAUAGCUUACCGAAUAGUGCCUUUUUAAAUAGAGUGCAUAAAGUUUACAUGAUGUAGAACCUUUGUCUUCAUAGCUGCUUGCAGUGUGUUUUUUGUGUUGCAUUAACAUUGUUAAAGUUAUAGUGUCUUGCUGAGAGUUAGAUGACAAGAUCGAUCCCCCUCUCAGACAUGUCUAAAUAUGAAGCUGCAGCCGGUUAUCUUGGUUAAGGUUAAACACUGGAAAUAGGGGAGAAAGUUAGCUUUGUCCAAAGUUAGCUAAAUUCUCCUACCACUUAUUAACAAAUGAUAUCUCGUUUGUUUAACCCGUACAAAAACCAAAGUCUAAAAAUGACAAGUUUUAUGGGGGGUUAUGUCCUGGUCUAUUUCCAGAAGUAUUGUGGUCACUGAGGUGACCAGGCAAGAAAUAGAAAAACAAAUGAUUUAUAACUUAAUAAUUAACUAUUGCUUUAAUGCAAAAGCUGCAGCUCUGCUCACACUGUAAUGUAUAACUUGUGAUGCCAUGACAGACGCUGGCAGCGCACUGUACCCAGUACCUGCCACGGAGUACGAGAUCAAGUGUUGUGUUGUGUUUUGUCUCAGUGUGUCUGUAUUUUUCAUAUUUUUAAAUAUUUUAUAUCACGUUAAUGAGAUAUAGAUUAUAAAUGUUUUUAUAUUUAUAUUUAUUUACAUUGUUUUAAUAAAUCUUAACAUUUUAUUGCAAAUUAAGGGUGAAUCAUUUAUUUGUGGUGAGCGUGGAGCCUCUUCAGCAAAUCCAGUUUAAAAAAGAAAGAAAGAAGUUCUUAAGUUUAUCAAUAGUACACUAAAUAUAUUUGGGUUUUGAACAGUUGGUCCUGUGAAACAGUUGAAAGAUGUCACUUUGGACUUUAGUCAAUUGAGAGGGGUGUUUUUCAUUUGCUAACAUUCCUGUUCUUUCAUUGUAAUGGUUUACAUGGUUUUACACUGAUCAGGCUACACAUAAUUUAGUUGUAUAAUAAAUUAUAUUUUAACCAGUGUGGUAAAACUGAGUUUGAUAACAUUUCCCAACCCUUGAUA